UGAUUUUCCAAUAGGUUUAUAGGGUUAUUAGAUAUAUUGGGAUAUAUAGCGCGUACAAGAGUGGUUAAGUUUGUAUAAAUAGGGUAUAUGGUACUACGAGUAAUAUAUUUCAAAACUGCUGAUUCGGACAAAGGCGAUUUGUAAUCGUAUGAACUAAUAUCAACAAGAAGUUUAACUGGAAAUGAAACGGAUUUGUACAAAGAAAGAAUUCGAACAAGAACUGCAAGACGCGGGCGACAGACUCGUGGCAGUGGAUUUCACAGCUGAUUGGUGCACGAAGAAUACCGAAGUCCGCCGAAAGCUGACUGACGUCAUAUAUCAGACGGAAUUCGCAGAAGUAGUUUUCUUACAGGUUGACGUCGAUGACAACCAGGACACCGCACCUUUUUGUGGAGUAGACUUCUUACCAACAAUACAGUUCUACAGAUAUGGUCGUAAGGUUGAUGAACUGUACGAAGACUCCUUAGAUCGACUGAAAUCAAUUCUACAGCUUUAUCGAUGAACACGUCUUUAUGUCACCUAUACGUGUUAGAUGUACACAUAUAUGUGAACAUAUAAGUAAAAAUUAGCACAUGUAUAUAUGGCGUGUUCAGUAUCAACACUUGUUACUUUUUUGUUUGUAAUAAUACCAAUAAUGGUGUACAUGGUGUAAAGAUUUUCAUUUGAAGAUUUAAUUUAAAACUUGUCGCGAAACAGCGACCUUUGUCGUAAUGUAGUGAAUGUAUGCCGCACUUUUCAGGGUAAUUGAAUCGUAACGAGGGCCUUCAUAACUGGUUAUGUAAUCGCUUCCACCUAUUUUGAGACUUAAAAAAUUGAAAAUUGAAGAAACUUAGAUCAAAGCUGGUAUUCAGCCCGAAGGAAAACCGUUAUCCCGUUUUAAUCUCAAACGAAUUUCUUAAGAUGAAGUUUGGAAAUUAUUUUUUUUCGUGAAAAAUAUGGGGGGGGGGGCGGGACUAAUGUAAACUUAUGAAACUUUAAAUUGUAAAAAGAUUUUAACAUGCACCUGCCAAAGGCAUGCACCAUUCAUGUAUUUUUAAGUAUUUAUUAUAUAUAAAAUGCUCAAUGAAGUACAGAAUGUAAAAGUCAAUAUUUUAGUCAUUAGCACAUUAAACUGUAACACCUAACCAUUUUGAGCAUUGGUGCCACGCAAUACCAAGAUACGUUUAUUUGGUAACUACUUUGUACGAAAACUGGAGCUAGCUAGAGGCUUAUGUUUUGUUGUUGUUGAUGUUUUAUUUAAAUUUUUUGAUGUUUUUGUUUUCUUAUUCAAAUACACAGGUAAACGCAGGUUCCAGUCCCACUUAUACCGUUUAUUUAAAAAUGUGUUAUUUCUUUUAUACCUAAUGAUAAAAUAUGACAUUUCUGCAGUGAAAUAACAGCAGUGAAAAUAAACAAAUUGUUCUUUUCACCGGUGUAAAGAACAACUUUUCGGGACCCUUUUCUAUUUUAUGAUUUUCAUAAAUAAUUGAAUGUAUAUUUUCUAUGAUCAUGAGUGAAUUAAAAUCGACAUUCCACCGAAUCCAACAAAUUUUCUUUUUAUUUUAUGCCUUUUCACCGUUUAUUUACAUUGUAAAAGAGUUUAACUGGAGAAUUUCGGUGGUAUUAUGACGUCAUUUCGUCAAACUAAUGACGUCAUUUUGUAUUUUGAAAUAUUUUGAGGCACGUCACGGGAGAAACUCCGAGAAAGGGUAACUUUUCAUCGAAAGGGAAACAGCCGUUAAUUAUUUUUUGAAAAAGGGCAUACAAGAAACAAUAAAAAUUUGUUUAUGUUAGUGUAAGACUAAGAUCGUUUGUUAUUUCACUCGUGAUCAUAGAAAAAUAAUAUUUUCACUCGUGGCUGCGCCACUCAUGAAAAAAUAUUUUCUAUGAUCACUCGUGAAAUAACAAACGAUCUUGUAAACACUGACAAUUAAAAAUAUCCUCUAUGCCAUUUGAUUUUUUUGUUCUUUCUAUUCCAAUAUACAUUAUUGCUUUAAGUGUGAAAAGUCACAACGUCCAUUGUUUUAAUACUACCGUGUCUAUAUGUAAAUAAAAUAUCGUCGAUAUGUAUGUUUUACUUUACAAAAGCUUAGCGCUACUGUCUGUGUUAAAUCAUCUUAAAAUAUGGCCAAUGUAAACAUUUAAGGAGUUUUUGUUUGUUAGGAAAGUAUACAUUUUAUGGAAAUAGCAAUAAUACGCUGUUCUCGAAAAUAUCUUUCUAGGAAUCAAUAUACAUGUACGCACAUCGAGAGGUAAAAUUAAAACGGUCUAUUGGUAAUUGUCGGGUUGCCAGAGAGCUCUAUACAUUCACUUUUUGAUCAACGCCGCGGACAUUCAAACAAGUAUUGCAUCGACAUGCAUGUACAUAAACAUCGUCAAUGCAAAUUAAAGUAAACAGGUAAAUCAUAUCUUGGGUGGUUUGCGGUUUUCUGAAGGAAUUUAUUUUUUAUUUUUAUUUUCGGUAGCAAUGGUUGGUGUUUGUUCUUGUUGUUUUACUAUUGUUUUUGUGUUUUGUUGUUUUCAAAAAUACCGUCAAUCAUGCUUAAAUAGCUUUAUAAAAUACGUGUAUGAAAAUGAACAGCAUGUACAGGUACACGCCGUUAGAUUAAAAUGCAGUCACAAUACAAACGAGUUAUCAUUAUUGUAUGUAAUAGUGCUUGUCGUUUUUGUCAAACAUAUUAAUACAUCUUUGGUUCUGUUAAUUCCGUUAAGACUGCGUUGCUCGAAGUAUAUACAUGUAUAUUUAAAUAAUGACUUGACAUUAAAAUAUACUGUGUGA